AUGGCAACUGUAUUUUCAGGUCAACUGCUCAACACCAUAUCAAAUUACCAUAUCGACCUCGAUGAAUUUGAUCUAGAUGAAGCUUUAACUUUGUCUUUUGAAGAGAAUUCGAAUUCUGUCCACUGCAAUAACAACAGUAUCAUUGCAACAUCAAAUUCAGGCUGCAGCUCGUUGAUAGUUGAUUGCAUGCCGAGUCCUGUUACUGCAGUCGACGAUGUUUGUGCCGUUUGCAUGGAAGGGAUGCAAUCAGGUGGUGAUCAGCAGGAUCACAGUAUUAUUGGUAAACAGGUCCCAUGUGGCCAUGUAUAUCAUGCCACGUGUAUCUCCUCCUGGCUCAUCGUCUGCAACUCUUGCCCUCUCUGCCGCUCCACCAUGACCCCCGUCGUCGAAAAGUGA